ACGACUUCACUUCUGCUGUUUAAAUGGACGCACGAAAAAGAAGCCAGUAACCAAGCUCCACGCUUUGGCCAUUCCGGGAACUUCAGGAGCUGCAUUCGGCUGACGACAAAAUGACAGCAUUUGUCGAUGCCGAAUGUUCGCAGCUUAUGGAUUCCCUGACGACGUUCAGUCUACCGGGAAUCUCGGCGAAAGACUACGCCGACUUCAAAUCAAGGAUUGAAACCUUUUUUGACGACUACGGCACUCUGUCGCGCUGGCCAUGCAAGCCACCCGAACUCUCGCCUCCACAAUGCGCCCGGUUCGGCUGGACAUGCGCCAACGAGAGCUUGCUCGUUUGCGCCGCCUGCAAAGAAUACCUCGACUGCGAGGUGUCCAGUUCCCUGGGACGAAAACUGCACAAGGAGUGCCUGUCAAGACUUGUGUCUUUACUCGAAGGAGCUCACAAACCCUGCUGUCCCUGGAAAACGGCACCUUGUCCGAAAUCUUACACAGUGAUGCAGCCAGUUUUGCGGAAAGAUGCACUGUCGCAACUCCGAGAGAGGCUGGAGACCCUGCGCCCCAUCUUGUCGACUCUUCCUGUGCUGAACACCGACAAGAUUUUGAGCCUGCUGAGCCCCGAAGACAUUCUGAGGAUCGGGAAAUUGGUCGACAAAGACCGAGGUACAGAGACUCAGCGUGCAGAUCUACUUCUGGCCAUUACCGGGUGGCAGGCGGGGGCCGGAUCGGGCAAGAUGAAGCUCGUUACCUGUGAAUACUGUUCCCGAAAGGUAGCCACUUUCUUCUACAAGUCGGCGCCGAUUUCUGAAUCACGGGACGAGGUCACUACCUCCCAAGACAAAGGAGCGUGCUCCCCAGGUCAUGGCACCAAGAGGAAACGGGAAGAGGACGAAUUGGACCCCGUUCACGAGCACCGACCGUGGUGCAUUUGGGUCCUGAACGACGACUCGGGCAAGCCAGGAUGGCUGGUCUUCAGCGAGUGUUUACUCCGCAACGUCGACUCAUCCCACGAUGACUCAAGACUAUCCACGUCAUCUGUUGAUGCCUUCAAGCAUGAUGUCGAGAAAAUAAUCAGCUCCUGGAGGGAAGUUGUCAAGCACCCCACAAUCCAGAAGACGACGACAUCAUGAAAAUUUCAGGCAACAGACUGGUUGAGGUCUCGAUUAAAGCAUGCUGACAGAGGAAUGUGUAUACCCGA